CUUCCGGUCGGCUGAAGGCAGGGGUCCCGAGAGUGGUUGCUGCGGCGGCGGCGGUCGGGAUGGGGAAGUCGGAUUUUCUCACCCCUAAGGCCAUCGCCAACAGGAUCAAGUCCAAGGGGCUUCAGAAGCUGCGCUGGUAUUGCCAGAUGUGCCAGAAGCAGUGCCGGGACGAGAAUGGCUUUAAGUGUCACUGUAUGUCCGAAUCUCAUCAGAGACAACUAUUGCUGGCUUCAGAAAACCCGCAGCAGUUCAUGGAUUACUUUUCUGAGGAAUUCCGAAAUGACUUCCUAGAACUUCUCAGGAGACGCUUUGGCACCAAGAGGGUUCACAACAAUAUCGUUUACAACGAGUACAUCAGCCACCGAGAGCACAUCCACAUGAACGCCACGCAGUGGGAGACACUGACCGAUUUCACUAAGUGGCUGGGCAGAGAAGGCUUGUGCAAAGUGGACGAGACCCCAAAAGGCUGGUAUAUUCAGUAUAUAGACAGGGACCCUGAGACAAUCCGCCGGCAACUGGAACUAGAGAAGAAGAAGAAGCAGGACCUCGACGACGAAGAAAAAACCGCCAAAUUUAUUCAAGAACAAGUGAGAAGAGGCCUGGAAGGGAAAGAGCAGGAAACUCCUGUGUUUACGGAAUUAAGCAGAGAAAAUGAUGAAGAAAAAGUCACAUUUAAUUUGAAUAAAGGAGCAUGUAGUUCAGGAGCAGCAUCUUCCAAAUCAAGUUCUUUGGGACCAAGUGCCCUGAAGACGAUAGGGAACGCAGCGUCAGUGAAGCGGAAGGACUCUUCCCAGAGCUCAGCUCAGUCCAAAGAGAAGAAGAAGAAGAAGUCUGCACUUGAUGAAAUCAUGGAGAUUGAAGAGGAGAAGAAAAGAGCUUCCCGAACAGAUUACUGGCUCCAGCCUGAAAUUAUAGUGAAAAUUAUCACCAAAAAACUUGGAGAGAAAUAUCAUAAGAAAAAGGGGAUUGUGAAGGAAGUAAUUGACAAAUACACAGCCGUCGUGAAGAUGAUUGACUCUGGAGACAAGCUGAAACUUGACCAGACUCAUUUAGAAACAGUCAUUCCAGCACCAGGAAAAAGAAUUCUUGUUUUAAACGGAGGCUACAGAGGAAAUGAAGGUACCCUAGAAUCCAUCAAUGAGAAGACUUUUUCAGCUACUAUAGUCAUUGAAACCGUAAGUAUGUUUACACAAAGACAGAAAUUUCAAAAUGCUUUUAAAAUGUGCCGUGGUGUUUUUUCAUUGGAUUGGUAUUUUAAGAAUUUUCUGUUUGCCUUUUGUCCUGUUUGGAAAUCUAUAAGCUUAUUUUCUCUAAUGACUGACAUUACUAAAGCAUUUUAUUUUCUGAUUACAAAAGAAAUUCUGUGUGUGUCUGAAUCUGUUCAGGCUGCUGUAACAAAAUACCAUAGACUGGGGUGGCUUUAGAAACAGAAGAAGUUUAUUUCGCACAGUUCUGGAGGCUGGAAGUCCAAGAUCAAGGCCCAGACAGCUUUGGUGUCUGCUGAGGGCCUGUUUCCUGGUUCACGUGUCCUCACGUGGUGGAAGGGGCAAAGGAGUUCUAGUGUUUGCGGGAGUAAUCGACUUCCUGAAGAGUCUGAUGACAGUCUGGGCUCUCUCCAAGGAAUUGCAUGUCAACUGCCACAUUUUAUGUGUUCUCUUUAAGGUCCCCUACGGCCACCUAUGAACUGGCUCGAGAAUGUUGUCUCAGGAAAGCUUUCUAGAAAAACUAUUUAGGUCCUUAUUUGAAAGAAAUCACUUUUCAGUAAAUUAAGCAUUUUUUUUGCUGUCCCUGAAAAUACUAACCUAAUCACCAACUAACAUAACUCUAAGGGGAAAAAAAGCAACAGGGUAUGUCACCUGUCAGUAGGAAAUUUAUUUAUCUGACUAAAUGAGCAGAUUGAAGUUUUUUUUUUUUCUGAUUCAAUCAGCAUAAGAUCGUGGAAACGCUCACAUUUCCUUGGCAGGGUGAAUCUCCUCCACUUUUUAAUUUCACUAUACAAUGCAACUUAGACCUUGCUUCUCGUUUUCAUCUAAGGGAAACAGUGACUCAGUGCUGUUGAGGAUCUCCUAGGUUCCAUCCACACCUUUGGUUUCCAGGCUGUAUGAGUCUCGAGAGCCUCACUGUGAACCCUCAGCUCCGUCCUCCCCUCUAAUGCUUUUGUUACUCUCCAAGCUGGCCUGAGACAGAACCUCGGCAGGGAUCUGCACGGAAAGUCUUUCUGGCUGAUUGCAAAGCAGCGUGUGCUCUUGGGAGAGGAAACCCACAUGCAAAUGUUUGGUUUUUUCUUUCUCUUUUGCAGCCAGCCUCUGUUGAAGGAGGCCUAUUGUCGGUCAGCCUGUCUCUACGUGCCCGUGUUUUUUCCAAGUCAGUGCCCUAAAAAACAUGAACUUUUCCAGUGGUUCCUCCUAUUUUUGAUAUUUCUGGCCUCUUAAAUUUUAGUAUCAGUAUCAUAAUAUUUGAAAUUUACACAUUUAUUAAGCAGAUUUUUUUAAAAUAGCUCACACAAUUGUUCAAAACCAGCCCCAGCUUUUUAGCUACUUGCCUAAUUAAUCCACGUGUGGUUACCUGCUUUAUCCCCUGCCUGGCCUUCUUAUCACAGAAAUGUAAUUGACCUUCGACCUUUAAACUUGAUAAUGAAGGAGUCAAUCUGAGUCAUGCUUUAUCAUUGCAUAUUAAAAGAAAUACAUUUUAAAAGGAAUUUUUAAAGGAAGGUAUGAUUCUCGGUAAAAAAAUGUUAAAAAUCUCAGCCCAGGGUAGAGUUAUCUUCAUCUUUUUAUGUUUUGCAGUGGAGAGGACCGGCUUUUAAAUUUUAACCAAACAGUAAUAAGAGUUGAGAAUUAUUGAGCUUAUGUUCAUAGUAUGUUCCAGGUAUCAUUCGCAACACUUUAUAUGUGCUGACUCAUUUCCCAACAACCCAGUAAUGCAGGUACUGUUGUCCUUUCCCUUUAGGAGAUAAUGGGUCACUGAGGGGUUACGUCAUCUGCUAAGGGUGGGGUGUGAACUUGGGCGGUCUGGGUCCAGAGCCCAUAUUCUUAGCCUUUGUGUUCCCAGGUUGGAUCAGCUUUUAUGACAGGUAUCAUCUUUCAUUAAUCCGGUUUUCUUUCCGCUUUCCCUUUUUGUUGGAAAUGAAGGGAAGAAGAAAAUAUAUUUCAGGUUAGACUCAUUUUCUGUAAUAAGACCAGCCUGUCACAGCUAAACUAGAUGAGUAUAUUUGAGUAUGAGAAUUUGUGUUGCUUAAAAUAAUGGUAUUUGCUAUUAAAAAAAAACAUGGCACAAACAUGAUAGAAAUUGACUUCAAAUUUCGAAAUCCAAAAUGGGUGUUCUUGAUCAGCGAACGGCUCUUUUCUUAGAGGUGAUUUGUGAGCCCAGGGUCCUUCUGUGUCUCUACCACCUUCGCGCGGGGCUUUGACAGCUUCCACGUCCAUGUGCUCAGACAGGCCACGGGGAGCGUGACGGUUGUGCGUGGAGGGGAGUGUGGCCUGGGCCUGGAGGUGGCCCACAUCCCUUCUGUUCCCUUCCAUGGGCUGGAGCUGCAUCUUACGGCCACGCCUGAGCACGGGGUGGGCCAGCAAGUGUGCCUUUAUCCAGGCAGCAGAAGAGAUGCGGAGCGGCUAGCAGGUCUCAGCCACAGGUCUAGUGAUAACACAAGUCACAGAGCAAUGAAGAAACUGGCCAGUUCUUGAUGAGGGUACUAUAGAGUAUUUUUAAAAUUCACAGAUGUGUAAAGCUGUCCGCUUCCUUCAUGGUAUCUUAGGAAUGUGGAAAAGGCAAAUUGUAUCCAGAAGUGUAUGUCCUUUUCUUAUCUUCUGAGUACAUGUGUGUUUUUAACCUCUUCUUCAAUUAUUUUCAUUUGUAGGGCCCUUUAAAAGGACGCAGAGUUGAAGGAAUUCAAUAUGAAGAUAUUUCUAAACUUGCCUGAGUUUGAAAAUUUGUUAACAACACAUUAAAAUCUUAAAGCAUCAAAUUGGUGUUCACCAAGGCAUUACAAAACUCUACUGUGUUAGGGUAUUUCUUUUGUAUAAAACAAAUGGAUUUAUUUAAAUAUAACUGUAUAGUUGUUUAGCUGAACUUUAUAGAAAAAUCUAAUUAUGUCUUGUGAAAUAUCAAAAUUAUGUAAUUGUCUUUGUUAUUUUUGUUUCCUUUGUAAUUUUUCCUUGAUGAUUUUUUAUCUUCAUUAAAAGAACAUUAUUGUA